AUGCAUCUAUCUACACAUACUUGGAUGAGGCCUGAGCCUCUAGAAACUACCUUGAAACGUGCUAGCGAACUAGGCUACGAAAGUAUCGAAUUAGCUGGUAUUCCUGAACAGUAUCCUAUUGAAGAGACGAAAAAGCUACUUCAAAAGUACGGAUUAAAAUGCUGGGGAACAGUGACUUUACAGAUGGGCGAUCAUGAUCUUGCCGCUUCUAAGCCUGAGCAGCGACAGAUGACAGUACAAUACAUAAAGGAUGUUGUGGAUAUGGCUGCUGGCUUAGGUGGGAGCAUUACAAGUCUAGUGCCCGUGACGGUAGGUAAGCUUGCACCAACCUCAUCUCCAGAAAACGAAUGGAAAUGGGUAGUAGAAGGUUUGAAAGAAGUUCAUAAGCAUGCUUUGUCUCGUGGAAUAAAGAUUGGUUUGGAACCGCUAAACCGUUUUGAAACAUACUUCCUGAACCGAAUUGAUCAAGCUCUUGCCCUAGCCGAUGCAGUCGGUCCAGAAAUGGGGAUCGCGUUAGAUCCGUUCCACUUGAAUAUCGAAGAGGCCAAUAUGUUCUCAGCUAUAAAGUCUGCUGGUACAAGAAUUUAUGAUGUUCAUGUUUCAGAUAAUAACAGACUUCCUAUUGGAGAUGGUAGCAUGGAUUGGAAGAGAAUAUAUGAGCUGUUGAAAGAGAUAGGAUAUGAUGGAGGAUUAGCUGUUGAAUUUAUGCCCAACAUUGACAGGACUCCGGUUAAUCACACUCAGCAACUUGAAACAAAGGAAGUUGAUAUUCCUCCAGCAUUACGGAAAUUCAUUGAAGAUCAUGCUUCUAGUAUUUUAAACGAUAAAUACUUUACUAGUUUGAUGAAAACAUCAGCCGAUAACAUUCUCUCCCUUCUCGGAAAGUCAUCAUAA